CUUUGGCCAAAGCAGAAUCAUCGCGUUUCAUCACCACGCCGCAAAGCCAAACCGUCGUCGAAGGCGAUGCCGUUGUGUUUACCUGCCGCGCGACUUCACUCGAUGGACUCCGCUACACUUGGUUGCACAAUAAUGCUCCGGUAGAAAAUUCUACACGUGUGCGGCAAUUGGAAUCGAAUUUACGCAUCGAGGCAGUGCAACGCGAUACGGAUGCUGGGGACUACGUUUGCAUAGCGACAAGUAUGACUAGCGGAGCCCGUCAAGCAUCGCCUCCGGCGCGGCUGAAUAUAAUUUCGCUGGUGGAUGGCUGUUGUCGCUACAUUAAAUUUCAUAAGUUAAAGAAAUUUGGGUUUGUGCAGGCGAUGCGUGGAAAGGAAAGAACUGCACAUGAUUCCUACGGCCAAUUGCCCGAAGCAGUCGAUGACAUUAACGGUACAUUAAUAUUCAAGAAUGUCAGCACCGAGCAUCGUGGCAAUUACACCUGUGUGGCAAACAAUUCACAAGGACACAUCAAUGCCACUGUAAGUGUGAAUGUAGUGGUAGCGCCGCGUUUUUCCGUUGCGCCCGAAGGACCCAUCGAAACAGGCGAAAUGGGGCUGGCGGUGAUGCACUGUCAAGCUAUUGGUGAUCCCAAACCAACAAUAAAAUGGGAUAAGGAUUUAAAGUAUUUAAGCGAAAAUAAUACGGACAAAAAUCGUUUUCGUUUCCUGGAGAAUGGCACGCUCGAAAUACGUGAUGUACAACCGGACGAUGAAGGUCGUUACGGCUGCACGAUAGGCAACAGUGCCGGGCUGAAGCGGGAGGAGGUGCGUUUUGUUGUUAAAUCCUCCGAAGGUGCGACCUCUGAAGAAUCAGGUGAUGGCUUCCUUAUCACACGCGCCGUUCUCAUCACUAUGUCUGUGGCGUUUGCCUACAUUAUCCUGGUUGUAGGCUUAAUGAUUUGGUGUCGCUUCCGUCGUCAAGCGCGCAAGGCACGUCUAAAUGAAAUGAAUAAAGAUAACCCCGAGUCAGGUGAACUGGGCAAAUUACCCGAAAAUGAGCCUUGCCUGCCAGAACACGCUUCUUCAGCAAAGACACGCAAAGUAAAUGGUAAUAACAAUCCUCGCGGCAGCGGCAACGAGGCAGCAAAAUCCGAUGAUACAGCCUGUAGCAAUCAUUCGAAGGGUUCGAAACGUUCGCAUGCCCUAGACCAGUUGGCUUUGCCGCGCUCGAGUAUCACUGAGUUACUACAGAUCGGACGAGGAGAGUUCGGCGAUGUUUUUGUGGGUAAAGUAAAGGCGUCGGUUAUACGUCAGGUGGACGAAAAAGAUAUGGAAACGGAGAGACACAAUGGUGGCGAAAAUAAUGGUGCAAUUACUUCGAUUGAAAAGCGACGCUCGAAAACGUCAAUGGAUGACAUUGAGGAGAUCAGAGAGGAGCAAGAGGCCGGUAGCGCCGAUGGGGACACAACAUCUACGACAACAGAUGAAUAUAAAUUAGUAUUGGUUAAAGCAUUGAAUAAAUUCAAGGAUGAAAAUAUUUGCCAUGAGUUUAAAAGACAAAUCGACAUGUUUCGUGCCAUUUCACACAAAGGUGUGGUGCGUUUGUUUGGGCUAUGUCGCGAGAAAGACCCUCAUUAUAUGGUAUUGGAGUACACAGAUUGGGGUGACCUAAAGCAAUUCCUCUUGGCCACUGCGGGCAAGGUAAACACCUCGAAUAAUUCGUCGCAGUCGCCUCCGCCGCUGGUGACAGGGCAAAUCUUGGCGGUGGCAUACCAGAUUGCACGUGGAAUGGAUGCAAUUUACAGAGCGCGAUUCAUACACAAGGACUUAGCCACCCGCAAUUGCGUAAUCUCUAGUGAUUUUAUCGUAAAGGUCUCAUAUCCCGCUUUGUCCAAGGACAAAUACAGUCGAGAGUACUACAAACAUCGCAACACUCUACUGCCCGUGCGUUGGUUGGCACCUGAAUGUAUCCAAGAGGAUGAUUACACCACAAAGAGUGAUAUCUUCGCAUUUGCCGUUAUUGUGUGGGAGCUAUUCAGUCAAGCCACAAAAUUACCAUUUGAAGAGCUGAGCAACGAAGAGGUUAUACAACGAAGCCAAAAUGGAAAAUUGGAGUGGGCAUGUGCGAAUGGUACACCAGACAGUUUGAAGGAGAUUUUGUUGGCCUGCUGGAACUCAAACCCGAAAGAACGACCCUCAUUCAGUCAACUCUGCUCUGCACUCAGUAAAUCAAUGCAAAAUGGUGAUAAGUAAAUAUAUAUAUAUAUAUAUAUAUGUAUGUACGUUUUUCUACUUACUUUUUCUACUACUCCAAUUAUAAAUAUGUAUGUACAUACUAACAAAAGAUUGGCAUAAAUUUGUAAGUCUUAACUGAGGGGUAAUAUAAAUUGUGUUAAACACAUCUUGAAAAGCAACUUAAAGCCUAAAUUUUCGUAGAAAUAUUACGCGAUAAAUCCGCCAAAAAAUUGCCAUUUUUGUAAAAGAAUUUAAAAAGUACGAUGCAUACACAUGUGUAUGUAUGUAUGAACGUGUUGUAUGUACAUAUUUUUGGCAACAGUAAAUCUGUUCUAUAUUCUAAUAUAUGCAUAUGUAUGUACGUUUUGACAAACGCCACUUUUAACAUUAUUAAAAUAAAAGUGCAUAUUUUAAAAUAAAUGUGCACAAAUAAAUACGUACAUAUGUGUACCACUUGAAAACUAGGAUUAAUUGCAAUCAGUGUUGCCACAAAGAUUUUUAAUUUUUUACCAAAUUUUUUUUUACCACAUAACUUAAAACCAAAAGAUGAAACCAGCAAAUGUAUCGUUAAACGAUAGAUAAAAUUUACUUUUACAAUUUUAUAAAUGGGUCACAUUCGUAUUUAAUCGCAAAAUUUUAAUUAGUCCUGUGAAGUUAUUUUCUUUGACCAUUGGUUCCGGCAGGUAAAAAUUAUCCAAAACCCUGAUUUGUGGGACUGUAGGGACUAUGAUCGAGUCGCCAUAUUGGGAAAAAUGGGUUGUUUCCUUAAAUUGCUAUAUUGCGAACUCAUACUAAAAGUUCUGAGUUGUCAAGGCAAAUUGUUACAUUGAGGAGCCCUUUCAAUUGUUGGCUUUCUUAAGGUGUAGACACAUACAUAUGCAAGUACA